UGCUGCAGGAAAGCGAGGCAGCGUGCAGAGCUCAGAGGGUCAACUUUCCAGCAGAGACUGAUGCGCAUCUCUGUCUCUGACACCUGAUGAAUAUCUUCCGCUCUUUUGGCACGAGCGGACGGAGCUGCAAACUUUGUUUUAUGGGAAUUUAACUGAAGCGAUAAAAAAAGUUAAAAUUUUAAAAGUCCACUGAAUAUUUGAGGACAUCAACAAGGAACAUUUUUUUCAUUAUUAUUACAGAACUUUCAGAAAUGGCAGUUUCCUUUCAACGCAGGUGCUUGUUCUUGCUGUGUUUGACAGUUAUCCCAAGCGGUCAUGCCACUGUUCAGACAUGCAUGGAUAAGCACCAGGUGGUUGGGGUACUUCGUCAAAUGGAGAAAUUCUUGAAAGGCCAGGAGAUACGGUUCACGGAGGGCCUCAGGAUCAUGAAGUCCAAACUGGCCUCCAUUCAGAAUUCUGUCUCCAAGUUACAUCAAAAUGACCAGUCAGCUGCUCCCACCACCUGCCCCUCCCUGGAAGCCCCCGCUCAUGGAACAAAGUUUGGCUCAAAGUAUUUUGUCGGACAUGAGAUCCAUUUCACUUGCUCCCAGGGCUACCAUCUUGUCGGUUCUGCCACUCGACUUUGCCGGGACAACGGCACCUGGACUGGUGUCAGCGCGGCCUGUAAAGAUAUAAGCGAGUGCGCGAGUAAUCCCUGUCAAAAUGGAGGAACCUGCGUGGAAGGCGUCAACCAGUACAAAUGCACAUGCCCCCACAACUGGAGCGGCUCCCACUGUCAGCACCAAACGCAGACAGCACCACCGGAGUGGAGUGUCAUGAACGACCCAGCGUUUAGCCGGAGACCACGCUGUGCCCAAGUGAACCAAGCCCAGCACUGCAGCUGCGACGCGGGUUUUCACAUGAGUGGCACGUCUCACAACAGUAUCUGUCAGGAUGUGAAUGAGUGUGAGGUGUACCGUCUGGACCAAGGGGGAACGCUGUGCGUCCACGAGUGUGUGAACGUCCCAGGCUCAUACCACUGCGCUUGUCCCACCGGUUACAAGUUGCUUCCAGAUGGGAGGAGCUGUGAAGAUGUGGACGAGUGUUUAAGCCAGAAGCACAACUGUAGCCGAGGGACAACUUGUAUCAACACGGGGGGAGGCUUUCAGUGCGUCAACCCAGAGUGUCCCCGUUCGCAUGGCAACAUCAGUUACGUAAAGACAUCACCCUUCCAGUGUGAGAGGAACCCGUGCCCCAUGGACAGCCGCUCCUGCCGCCUGGCCCCCAAGACCAUGUCCUACCACUACCUGUCCCUGCUGUCCAACCUGCAGACUCCCGCCACGCUGUUCCGCAUGGCGACGGCCGCGGCCCCCGGCCGCACGGGCCCCGACAGCCUCCGCUUCGGCAUAGCCGGGGGAAACUCCCGGGGCAUCUUUGUCAUGCAGCGCUCAGACAGACAGACCGGGGAGCUGAUACUGGUGCAGCAGCUGCGCGGCCCUCAGGAGAUCUCUGUCGACGUGGACAUGUCUGAGUACAGCGACCGCACCUUUCAGGCCAAGCAUGUGGCAAGGGUCCACGUCCUGGUUUCACCUUACAGUUUCUGAAAACCAGCUUGGAGAGGAGGGAGACUGGAGACUGAGACUGAAGAGGAACAAGGAAGAGUGCACAAUGAGCACCUGAGUUCACUGAAACUGUCUCUUCAUUCCCUUUGAGAAUUUGUUUUGAUGGUCACAAUUUUGUUCAGAAUGAUCAAAAACAUGAGAAAGCUGCCUGAUAACAUGGAUUAUUUUCUUUGAAAUGUUGCCAGCAUGGUCUUUGUGUUUCAGUUCAUGAAAUAUAUCUAAAGAAAAGCAUAGAGUAUUGCUCAGGAUUAUACCGUGGAGCUGACGCAGUGCCCUUGCUUUACAUCCCAACAUGACAUUAGUGCUCUGUGGCUCUAAUUUAUUGGUCUUUACAGUAUAACGUACUGUAUGCAAUAUUUGAUCUGUGCUCAUAUUCUGUAAAUAGAUUUUUUUGUACAAGCUUGCUUUGUUUAAAACACGAUCCAUUGAGCUAAGGGAGAUUUUCUUAAACAGCAGGUUUUGUACUGUAUCUCAUCUGUUCCCCUGCGUAUGUCUCAUUCUGAUUACUACACAGAAACACCCCACUUGUAAUCUAAAUUAACAGCAAUUUUGCAAGCUUGGCAAUAUGCUACACAGUUUCUCUGGAGUUCUAAUGUCUCAAUAUUACCAAAAUAAAAUAAGUCCAACAUUU